AUGGCCAGUGAAAACUUGUCGAAAGACAAGGCAUAUGAAAAUUUACAUAACCAAUUCACUGCCAUACAGCUUGAGCUAGUUAGACAGAGGAAGGAAAACAUAAAGAUCCAAUCUAAAUUUUAUUUUGUUACUUCAACUCUCAUUUUAAUAAUUGCAAUUUUAAUUUGCUUCCAUCUAUACUAUCUCUUUCCAUCAGAGUUGAACGCUGCACUCAUCAAAGAGUUGAAAUCGCUCAAAGACGAAGCAAAGACAUCGCUGUACUCGCUCGACGAUUUCAAGAGUCGUGUCAAUGCAAUGAAUACAACCAUUAAAGCACUGACCGAAGAGAAGGAACGAUUGUCCAGAGAGAACGGACAACUAAAGGAUAGUAUUGGCAAGGAGUUCUCAACACUCGUUACCUCGGGUGACGAACAUGCCACCGAGAGAUUGAAACAAAUCAUCAGCAUGUCAAAUUCAAUCGAUGACAUUGCUCAUCAACUCAAAGAAGCAGAGAGCAGUGAUAGAUAUCAAAAGGAGAAUGAACUAAUGCUUGCCGAGUUGAACGCAUUCAAGCAGGAGUGUGAGAAUUUGUUGAAACAAAAGUCAUAUCUCUUACAGUUAUUGGAGGACAAGGAAGAUCAAUUGGAACUCUACUUCCUGACGGUUGCCAGAAGUAUAAAACUCCAAAUUGCCAACUUGGGUUGGGAGUGUAAUCUUAACAUCUAUGACCUCUACGAAACCGCUAUCAACACACCGAAACUUUCAUUUGAAGAAUGGCCUAUUUAUUUCCAAAAUUUAAUUUAUAUAACUUCGAGGAUUGAUAUAUCGCGAAGAAUUACUGGCUAUCCAUUAACUUUUUUGAUUAGUAGAUUGGAAGAUAAAAUACAUUCACAAAGCUCUCUUAUUCUUCCUGCAAUCUCAUUUUUAAAAUCGAAACAUUCAAAGAACAACGGUAUCAUAAAUUUGAUAGUUGACAGUAAUAUUGAUAAAUCUUUCUCUAGUUCACGGAGAUCCUCUCCAACAAUGGAAAACCUCCAACAAAGUAUUAUAAUGGACAGAAUAUGGCACGCGAAAACUUAUAGAGCUUCAAGAACAGAUAAGGUUAAACGUAGCAAAGAUCUAAGAACGUAUCAGGUUAGCCGAAGCAGAACGAUAGAAACCUAA